CGCCCCCAUCGGCGCGGCGCGUGCUGCCCGCCGCCCUCCUCCAGCAGCGGCCGCGGUCGGGAGCGCAGCCGCCGCCUAAGGGGAGCCCGGCCCGGCGGGGAGACGGACCGAGCCGGGAAAGGAAGGAGUCGGCGCCCCGCUCCUGAGGGAGAAGCCUCACGCCAUGAGCCCCGAGGAGAAGCCGCCACCCGGCCGCUCCCGCGGCGACCGGCCGCCGCAGCCCACUCCCGGCCGAGGCCGGCGGCGCGGAGGCUUCCUGACGGAGAUCCGCACGCCCAUCCGCACCGAGCCCUUCCAGGAGCGCUACAGCCUCAGCCCCGGCAGGGAGCUCGGCAGGGGAAAGUUUGCAGUGGUGAGGAAAUGCAUCCAGAAAGACACUGAAAGAGAGUUUGCAGCAAAAUUCAUGAGAAAAAGAAGAAAGGGCCAAGACUGUCGGAUGGAAAUAAUCCACGAAAUUGCAGUCCUUGAGCUGGCACAAUGCAACCUUUGGGUCAUUAACUUGCAUGAAGUUUAUGAAACUGCGACAGAGAUGAUUUUAGUCCUGGAAUACGCUGCUGGAGGUGAAAUCUUUGACCAGUGUGUGGCUGAAAGAGAGGAAGCCUUCAAAGAAAAAGAUGUUAAGCGACUUAUGAAGCAGAUCUUGGAAGGAGUUUCAUUCUUGCACAGAAACAACGUGGUUCAUCUUGACUUAAAGCCCCAAAAUAUUCUACUAACCAGUAAGUCUCCUCUAGGAGACAUUAAGAUAGUGGAUUUUGGCCUUUCCAGAAUAAUGAAGAGCAGUGAGGAGCUAAGAGAAAUUAUGGGAACUCCAGAAUAUGUAGCUCCUGAAAUUCUGAGUUAUGACCCAAUCAGUACAGCAACUGACAUGUGGAGCAUUGGAGUACUGGCCUAUGUUAUGCUAACAGGGAUAUCACCUUUCUUAGGGGAUGAUAAACAAGAAACAUUCUUAAAUAUAUCUCAAAUGAAUGUAAGUUACUCUGGAGAAGACUUUGACCUCAUAUCAGAGUCUGCUGUGGAUUUCAUCAAAACUCUCCUGGUUAAGAAACCUGAGGACCGGGCAACUGCUGAAGAAUGUCUUCAACAUCCAUGGUUAGAACAAAGCGAUAAUCCUGCUUGCAGGGCCUGGAGCAAGAGUACAGGAGGGGAGACCAGUGAUGUUGCCCAGAAAGAUGCAGAUUCUGCCUCUGAAAAGUCAGUAGAUGCUGAGAAGACUGAAGAGGAAGAAUCCAUAGUGACAGAAGAACUAAUUGUAGUGGCUUCGUAUACACUGGGACAAUGUAGGCAGUCAGAAAAGGAAAAAGUAACUGAGCAGAAAGCCAUUUCCAAACGAUUUAAAUUUGAGGAACCAUUGCUGCAAGAAAUACCAGGAGAAUUCAUUUACUGAACUGUGUGAAGCUUCAUAGCUAUAACUGGAAGGCAGUGUUUUCUACUAAACACAAAUAUCCUAGCCAAGUGAAUUUCUGAUAUGCAAUAAAUGUUCUAGAUAAAAGAAAAUGUUGAUAAAUGGCAUCCAAGGAAAAUGUGCCAAGUUUUUAAUUUCAUGAAACAGAUAAACAGGAAUUUAACAAAGAUAAAAGCUUAUUUUUGUUUGUAAUUUUUGUUUCCGUUUUUCUGUUGCUUGAUAGAGUUUUUGUUAAUUGUUCCAGUGUUCUGGAGAAGCUGACAUUGGAAGUGUUUCAGUGACAGACGUCAAAAGGAGUAUUUUAGGAUACGUUUUGGCAUUUAAUGCAAAUACAUAAUGCUGAGUUUUCCUCAAACACCUUUUAGCACUCUUGACUUCAGUGGUACUAUCUACUGAUCUAAAAAUUGUAUGAGAAGAGAGUUUGAUCAACAGGUUUGACAUACAGAUUUCAAAGUUAUACUGUGUAUAUAGUUCUUUAAGUUUACAUCAAGUCAAGACCCAGACUGGCCUGGUGUAUGGCUAAAGUGAGCUGUGCUUCUCUGUUAAGAGAUGCACAUGUCCCACAGGUGAAGAAAUCUGUAUCAGUGAAUGAUUCCAGACCACACAGAGGUGAUACUUAUUUGGGAGCACAGUAAAAUCCUCCUCCUGAGAGUGAUGAAUUUGCUUAAAUUGGUCACUCCUGCGAGCCAGCAGAGAUCACUCCUGUCCCCUCCUGUGUCGGGUGAGAUGAGCUGACAGAAUCCAGCUCAGUGUGGCUGCACAGUGUUAAUGAGUAGAAAAAAGCAAAUGACAGAGGGUCUGUUUAAAUUCUCUCCACUGACUUCACCAUGCUAGAUCACUUUAUCCAACUAAUGAUGAAUCAGCCCUCGAUUCCACCCCUUCUGCCCAGAACCCAGCUGGGGUUUUACUGGGAGCAUGAGGUCAUUGCUGCCUUCUUUCUGUUCCUCUAACUGCUGCUUUAAGGAAGAAAGAAGCAUCCUGAGGCUAAAUUGCAUAACCUGGUUCAAUAUAACUAUCAGAUGAGGAAGGAGAUGCUGCUUCCUCUGAAACAAUGAAGCACAACUCACACCUCGUGCUUCCCAAUCACUCUCCCUUAGGCACUUGGAGAAACAGCACAUGGAUGAUGGGGCAGAGCGGGAUUAGGGACCUGCACGGGUGGGUCAUCAGUUCUCAAUGGAUGUGGUCCUGCAGGGGACAAAGCCGGGACCAACAGGGCAUCAAAAUGACUGGUUUUUGCAAUGCACAGGUCUCAGGAUCUUGAACCGAAUCCUAGUUUUCCAAGUAAUCUUUCAUAUUGAUGCUAUUCCAAAGUUUAAUUUUGAUGUCAUUGAAGUUUAGUACUAUUAUAUUGUGUACUGUUAACUAUUCAACUAUUUAUUUGGUUUCCUUAUGCUGUUCCUUUAUAAUAAACCCCGAUAAAAGUUUUCUUGCUGUAAAAUAAUGAAUAUAAGUGCUUAAGCUAGUUUUUCCUUUUUUCAUGUUGCUACAGACUUUCCCAAUUUCAAAAGUACCAAGAGCGUUCUUAUUCUUUUGAGCGAACAGGAGUUCAGUGCUCUGUGCUAUUACAGUUCCUCCUCCACACAAGAUGUAAAUGGCUUAUUAAUAACGCAGGCAGUCCUGGGGUGACCUAAUUAGCAUUGCUGUACGGGUGUGAAAAAAAGUGCUAGUAAGGAAGACAAUUGAAAAGCAGCAGCGUGACACUGAGGGAGGCAAUGAGCCUUUUUCCCUGAGGCUUCAUUGCCAGUGCUUUGCUUGCCUUCACUUGAAGCCACAUCAGAAAAAUUGCACCCAAAUUAAACUGUUCUAUCAGGAUUCUUCCCCUGUGGAAUCAUAUAUUGAAUAUUGAUGUAGGUAGGGCAACUUGCCACUCCUUGAAGACCUUCAUGUAAGAAAACAUCCAAUAGUACUUGAAUGAUUGAGUUUGGAUGUGUUUUAUGUUGUAAUGCAGAGAUGCCUUUCAUAUUCAGGAGAAAUGGGUUGUUUGCUGGAUUUUUCCCUUCUGUAGCCAGUAACCUACAGGCUCCUACUGAGAAGCAACCACGCGAGGUUUUCUUGGAUAGCUCUGUGUGGCCAUUAGCAAACGUUAAACAAGAAUCUUUGAGCCAACAGAGUAGUUGUGUUCCCUGGACGUUUCUGGAGGUGGAGGGUAGCUGCAUUAUCACACAUUUGCUGACCCUACCUACAAUGCUGAUCUCUUUUGGAGUUUUGAAGCAGGGCAGUACUUUUCAUGGGCAUCUCUCUUAUUGUUCGGUCAUUUACCCAAGACAAUUUGCUUGGAGGAGGGACAUCAACUUAUGAAAUUCAUUUCCGCGAGAUUAAAAUUCUCCCAGUCUCCAUCACUGCCAUUUCGACUUUUUCACAUUUGUGUGUCCUUGCUUUUAUAAAGUCGAGCAAAACCCUGAGGUGUAUGUUCACGUGCCACCCUUACAAAACAAAUUUAUGUUGCCAUAUCUGCACACCUCAAUGUGUAAUAGCUCAUGGUUGCUCAAAGCAAAUCCCUGGAGAGACAUAUAAGCUGUUUCAGUUCCAAUUUGUAACUGCAGAUCGUGUCUUGUAUGGGGGUUGGUACUGAAGAAAGACAGUAGAUGCUGAGCAGCAUACAUUUUGUCCUAUGUUUACUGGUUUCAAUGUAUGACAAUGAAGCUUAACAUGUAUAAAUGAACUAUGUACUUAUUACAAGGCCAGUUUCUCUUGAAUUGGCUGCUUUGAGACUUCAAGUGGGCUGCAUUUCUGUUUAACUUUUUGUGCCUUAAGGUGGUUUUGUACAGUGUUUUUUAACAUCAUUAAGAGUUUGUAUAAAGUUGUGAAAGUUUAAUAGUAUAAGUUAUAAACAAGGCAUCCUAGGUUGGCCCUAUAAUAGGAAAAAUUUUCAGUAAUGUUUAACUGCAGGACUAUCAGUCAGUCCCACACACUUCAAGCUAUUUCUGUUCCACUGUGAGUAAAGAUGUAGAAAGGGGCUAUUGAGGUUAAGGUUUUUGAGACGCUUAGUUACUAGUGAAGUAACACAUUAAGACUGGGAACAAAUCACCAGUUUGAGAAGAAGAGCUGGUUUUCUGCAGCUCCAUGAAUACAAAGGGCUGUGUUGUAUGUACGCAGUUCAUCUGAAAAAAAGCUGCUUUUGCCUUAAAGUGUUUGUGAGAUGGGGUGGUUGUGGAGAAGGAACCAACUCCUUGUCCCUUGGUCCCCCUCUCUAGACUGGGCACCUGCUGGCUGCCUUUGUAAGGCUGGGGCUGGGCUGCUGUUGAUUGAAUGCAGGAACCUGAAAGGAAUGGAAGUGCAGAUGUUCCUGCAAAUUGCUGGAGAAUUGUUAUUUCUGUGGCUCUGAUGUAAGAGAUGUGACCUACAUCUGUAGGGGGUGGGGGGGUUAGUCAAGGCCUUUGCCUCUGUUGCAGUUGUUGGAAUAAACAGCAAACAUCUAGCUGAAAGUAAAGUCUUGUCUUGUCUUCUUGCUAUGUUCACCUCUCUAAGCAAGAAGCAAUUUUAUAGUCAUUAAACUAAAAUUUCUAUUAAAUAAUCCUUUUAUUGUCCAAAGCUGAAUUCGCAUUAUGAUUUGCCUCAUUUCUUACACUUUCCAGUCGAGGAUCCAUAAAUACAAAAGGCUGAAUUCCAGCUUGCAAUCUGCCAGGUGAAGCUUGAGGGCCAUUAGGUAGGAAAUGCAAAUAAAAAUUAACUGCCCGUUCUCCACUGGUGGCGCUGGCAAGGGACAGGGCAGAAGGUGGGCUUUGCACCAAGUUGUUCCAUGGCUUAAGAGCUCUCUUGAAUAUUCCAGGUGCUGUUCCUGGAAGACAGUUCAACAUUUUAAAGAAAUAGUGCCAGUAUAUUGUACUUCUGAUAAGGUGUUUGUUGUUUCAGGAACUUUACAAUAAAUAAAAUUUUGUUUUCUGAGCA